GUGUAGUCCUUUGAUCUCAUUUCAACUUUACAAUGACCCUAUGAGGCAAACACAAUUAUUAUUCCCAUUUUAAUGGAUGAGGAAAUUAAGGCUGAGGUAGACUACAUAGUUUUCCAGAGUCACACAGCUUAAAGCUAUUGGAGAUGGAUGCUGAAUGAAUCCUUUUUCACUUCCUUCUCUCUAGGCUGAAGGGUAAAUAAGCAAGAAGAUUCAGAGAAAGAAUACAAAUACCAAGGAAGCACUUUCUCCUUCCCAGUGCUGGAGGGAUGUAUCUGUCUGGUUUUGAGGCUUGUGAAUAGUACACUUAUGAUGAGAACUGGAUCAGGACCAGAAGGUGACAGAAUUACCCAUCAGAGCUCUAUCUGCCUCUGGGGGCCGAAGUUCAAACAAGAUGUGAAUAGAAAAGGUGUCUUGAAGGUGUUAUUUGUACACCUAUGACUUCCUAGGGGACAAUUUUGUCCUGAUAGAUUAGCCCUAAAAGCUUAGGGUAGAAAGGCACACAUCUUAGGGACCGAGACUUGUGCACAGCCUGUAGGCAGUUAUGCGAACUUCCAUCCCUUCCCAGCUUCAGCGCACUUGGACCAGGUGCUAUAAAUUGGAUCUGGAAUGUCUCCAGAGGCCAUGCGCUGAAAGUCUGUUUCCCAGAGUGGUGGCAUUGGUGGUGGAGAAACCUCUCAGAGGUGGGACCUGGGGGGGGGGUCUUCAGUCAUUGAGGGCUUCACCUGGGGGGAACAGCAGGGCCCCACCUCCUUUCUCCUCUCUCUUUCACUUCCUGCUUAUGAGGUAAGCACUUUCGUUCUCCUGCGUGCUUCCACCAUGAGGUGCUGUGUGACCCAAAACUACAGGACCAACCAGUCAUGGACUGAAACCUCCAACACUGUGAGCUAAAAUAAACCUUUUCUUUUUAUAAAUCAUUUUUCUCGGGUAUCUGUUGAAGUGACAGAAAUCGGACAACUCACCAUGGGACGAAGCCUGUCUGAGCUGUGGGCCACAAACAGUGACUUUUAAAGGGGUUAAAUCCUCUACACUAACCUCCACUCCAGCCUGAUUCUGCUUGUACUGACUUGGUUACUACCUCGUGUCCCUGCGUGGGUGGGAUGUCCCUUGGUGUGCAGGAUCUAAUUGUCCUCUCCUUGACUGCCCCUGAGAAGUCAAAGCCCAGGCUCUCCUAGUCCUGGAAGAAGACUUGCCAGGCACAGGAUGGGCCUCCUGGCUUUAUAUAACCAGUAUUGAGUGCUGGGUGCUGAUUCCUAAUAACACCCUAUACCUCCCCUAAUCACAGCUCCAAGGGAGCAACAGCUGGGGGUCAUGUGGAGAAGCAAUAGAAAUAGCAAUCAUACUGAGAAAAAAGCGUAUUCCCUGGCCUACCAUUCCUCCAUCUCUUUUUUCAUUUAUAAAUUCAGGUUGUUUUGUUUUUUGUUUUUGUUUUUUUUUGUCAGACUGAACAUUUAAAUGCACUCCAUGUACUCCCCUCAUCCCCCCCUUCUCAUUAAAAUUCUAAUUAUUAAGAGAGCAAGUAAAAUGUAUGAUCAAAGGAAAGCAAGGCCCUAGAAAUACCUUUUGUUUUAAGAGACUCCAUUGCGGAGAAUGCAUGCAGAACAGCUGUAACUGAGAACAGAUGUGAGGGCUCUGGAGAUGGCCAGAUACUUAGAAUAAGGGUACAUAUAUUUGUAAUAGUUUUCCUGGGGAGCCUGGUAGGAUAAGGGCUUGGAGAAAUGGUCUCUAAGCUAAUUAGAUUAUGAAUACAUAACAGAAAAAAAAUUGAGUUAUCAUCUCCAGUACAUGUCUAUGUGUCCCCAAGUUAUGUAUAGGUCUAUGCCCUACAGAGAAGAUGCUGCAGGGCUGGACUGGCUGGGUUAAAGCCUGUCUCCACUCCUUACUAGCUGCAUGACCUGAGCGAUCUUCUCUGUCUAUUUCCACACCUGCAAAAUGAGGAUAAUAUCUUACCAAUUCAAUGGAAAGGAUUAAGCAAGUAAACACAUAAAAAAGCACUUUAAACCUUGGACCUAGUAAAGUUGAAUAAAUUGAUCAAAUCCAAUAAUAAAAUGCCAUUAUUACUAUCAAUCUAUAUAUUAAAAUUUUGAUUUCUUAUAUAAGAGAAUAAAUACUAAAAUGAUCUUAUGUUUCCCUUGUGCCCUUGAGGCACAGGCACACCAUACUGAUGACCUUUGCCUAGAAGGUACCUUAGAAUCAGCUUUCCUGGUCCCUGGUGAUCACCAGGGCAAUGACUAGCCCCAGUUUUUUGGGCCAGGAAAGGGCUCCAGUGUCUCCAUGUAGGGGCUGGGCAGGGGUGUUGAUAGGAGGCUUGGGAUUUGAAGAGACUGUGCUCUUAUUCCCUAUUCCUAGAGGUACCUGAUCGCUGAUCCAAACAAGUAACUGGAAAUGGAUCUAAAAGACAGUGCUGCCCCCCAGAGAGGGUGGCUGAUGUUCCACUGCCUUCUCAGACCCCUCUGGAUCUGAGAUGGUUUUCCUAGGGGCCUGUGUACAGGAGGAACCUGGUCUUUUUUGUCUCCCAAGCCUAGCUCAGACCCAGCACCUGGAAAGUACUCAGGAAAUGUUGGUUACACUUAAUUCUUGUAUUUUCUAUUCAUUCAUUCAUUCACUCAUUCCCAUGUGCCAGUUUCUAAGUUAGUUCAUGAGUCAAGAGAUGUGAAAACAUAGGGUUCAAGAGCCUAUGGGAGUGUAUAGUUUAAUCUGAGACAAACAGACCAGAACAGUGGAAAGAGUGCCAGGCUGGACUAUGGAUGUCUAGACCCUGGGGGAGGUUCUGCGCCUGCCCAGUCUGUGAUCCCAGGCAAGUCCCUUCUCUGGGCCACAGCUCCCAUAUGUAAAAGUAAAAUCUGGCUUCAGACUUUGUGGGGUUGUUUCUCGCUUUUAAAUCCUAAGAUUUUGAAGGCAUCGAAGCAGGCUAAUCUCGAGGCUGCAACCUCUCAAGCCUGCAGGGACUUGGCAGGGAACAGGAAAGUGUGGGUUGAGCUGGCGAGGACCCACCCGUAUAAAGGGAGUCACCAGUGCCUGCUGUGCGGUCAUGGGUCCCGGUGCCAAAUCAUCGGCCUCUCCCAGAGAAUCUGGGUUGGUGAUGAUUGUAGAAUUUUCCUAACUUCUCAAUCAUUAUGCAAGCCAAGCUAAAUUCUUCUACUGACUUGUCCACAAAUGACCUUUUUGCAAACCUUGGCAGGCUACCAUUGGUUCAGAGCCUUCUGAUUUCUCUACUCAGAGUAAAAAAAAAAAGAGGGCUUGGGCUCAAAGGUUCAUUCUCAGAUUUGGGGAGGGAAGUCUGGUGGGAGGUCUGCUGAAUAACUUCUCACGAAGAGAGGCAUCAUGCAUGGUACUGCUGUGAUCAUGGGCGUCCCUUUGGGUCAGGAGCAGGCUGGGUAGGGGUACUCACCUCCAAAUCAACCGCAAUGCUCAAACAACCAGCUUUACAGCAGGUCCCUCAAAUAGCCACUGACAUGGGAAAGGGUAGCUAUCAGAAUCAUUUGCAUUUUGCAUUUAUCUUUGACAUGUACUGUGUAGGUCAGAUCCCAACUUAAUACAAGUAUCGGUUGAGCUCUGGGGUACUCAGAAAUAUUCUUCUUCUGAGAAGCCAACCCCUGCACUCAAGGAUAUGAGAGUGACCCCAUUCCCUUGAAGUCAAUUCAUUGUUUGCUGAGCUCCAGCCUUGGGCAGGAUGGGGGUGAGACAAGGAGGAAGAGAGAGUGAGUUGGCCUCACAGCCCGCGGGGAAAGAGAGCUACACACAGAAACCACUUUGAUGGGCCUGUCCUUAGUAACAGCUCUAAUAGAAAUUCAAACAGCAUCCAAAUAUGAACGCUUCACGAAUUUGCACGUUUCCUUAGGCUGCCAUUUAAAUUACUUUCCCUUCCCUGCACACAUGCCAGUGGGCAGUAGAGGAGGCAGUAAGGUGCUCCUCAAACUGGUGGCUGUUGCGGGGACGGUGAUAUUGGAGAAAUCAGCCUGGGGUAAACAGAAGGCUACAGGUAUUUUACGAAAUGUUCAAUUGAGAGUCAUCUCUAAAAGUCAUUGCUCUCCUUCUGACUUGGCAGUUUUUCUCAUGACCACUCUUUUCUCUUCUUCCGUCUUUGUCCCUUCUGUGUGCACCCUCUGCCAACACCUUUGCCUGCUUCCUCCUGCUUCUGUCUGUUUCUGUCCCUGCCCGUCUGGCACUCGCUGGGCAGGCACCUCUGUUGGCCUUCUCGCCGUGGUAGUUAUUGUGUGUGGUGUGGCCCUGGUGGCAGUUUUUCUUUUUCUCUUUUGGAAGCUGUGCUGGACACCCUGGAGGAACAAGGAGGCCUCCAGCCCCUCUUCUGCUAACCCUCACUUAGAGGCCUUCCAGAGCCCCAGCUCCAGAGGCAACAUGGCAGACAAGCUGAAGGACCCCAGCACCCUGGGCUUCCUGGAGGCAGCCGUGAAGAUUAGUCACACGUCCCCAGAUAUCCCGGCCGAGGUGCAGAUGUCAGUAAAGGAGCACAUAAUGCGCCAUACACGGCUGCAGCGACAGACCACAGAGCCAGCGUCAUCCACCAGGCACACGUCCUUCAAGCGCCACCUGCCACGGCAGAUGCAUGUGUCCAGCGUAGACUAUGGCAAUGAGCUGCCCCCAGCCGCAGAGCAGCCGACCAGCAUUGGCCGCAUCAAGCCCGAGCUCUACAAGCAGAAGUCGGUGGACGGGGACGACGCCAAGUCCGAGGCUGCCAAGAGCUGUGGGAAGAUCAACUUCAGCCUACGCUAUGACUAUGAGAGCGAGACCCUGAUUGUGCGCAUCCUGAAAGCCUUUGACCUCCCUGCCAAGGACUUUUGUGGAAGCUCUGACCCUUACGUCAAGAUCUACCUCCUGCCCGACCGCAAAUGCAAGCUGCAGACCCGGGUGCACCGCAAGACCCUGAACCCCACCUUCGAUGAGAACUUCCACUUCCCUGUGCCCUAUGAGGAGCUGGCUGACCGCAAGCUGCAUCUCAGUGUCUUUGACUUCGACCGCUUCUCGCGCCACGACAUGAUCGGGGAGGUCAUCCUAGACAACCUCUUUGAAGCCUCUGACCUGUCCCGGGAAACCUCCAUCUGGAAGGACAUCCAGUAUGCCACCAGUGAAAGUGUGGACUUGGGGGAGAUCAUGUUCUCCCUGUGCUACCUGCCCACCGCAGGCAGGCUCACCCUCACAGUGAUCAAAUGUCGCAAUCUCAAGGCGAUGGACAUCACAGGCUAUUCAGAUCCCUACGUCAAAGUGUCCCUGCUCUGUGAUGGACGGAGGCUGAAGAAGAAGAAAACAACCAUAAAGAAGAACACUCUCAAUCCUGUCUACAAUGAGGCCAUCAUCUUUGACAUCCCCCCAGAGAAUAUGGAUCAAGUCAGCCUGCUCAUCUCGGUUAUGGAUUAUGAUCGCGUGGGCCACAAUGAGAUCAUCGGUGUCUGUCGCGUGGGCAUCAAUGCUGAAGGCCUGGGCAGGGACCACUGGAACGAGAUGCUCGCAUACCCUCGGAAGCCCAUCGCACACUGGCACUCCUUGGUGGAGGUAAAGAAAUCCUUCAAAGAGUGGCAGGGCCGAGCUGCCAGCUUCGACAGCGAGAGCUCGUGCCCAUCUCCGAAACCGCCUCCAACACCGUGAGCUGCACAGCCUGAGCCACACCAACUGGACUCAGUGAUGUUCUUUUUGCACUUGUUCAGCCGCCUAAACACAGUGUUGUGCAGUCACCAAGGCAGCAGCUGUCCGUCUGCCACUCCAGAGUCUUAACUACUCCCGUGUAGGUCAAGGCCGAGACACUUGUCGUGUGGUCAGAUCUGUCUUAGUCUUUUCUGUCUCUCAGAGUAAUGUUUUUGUGGUUUUCACUUUAUAUGGUUCUGCUGUCAAGAAAAGAAGCAAAAACAAAACAAGAACACAAAAAAGAAAACAAUGAGCAGGAAAACAAAAGAUGGAGAGCCCAGAAGUUGGCUGUAUAAAAUACCAUGUAAAACCGCAGUCUUUGGAGGAAAGGUGGAUUGAGUUUCUAAAAUUUUGUGUCUCCCCCAAGCUCUGCAGCCCUGUAGGGGGCAGCAGGGUGGAACAAUGCCUGCAUUUUCAGGGCCCGGCGGGAAUGGUACAAAUCAACCCGAGACCUUGUACGAGGCUAUUCCCUGGUGUGGCCUAAGUCGAGUUGUGGACUCUUGUCCCACGUUGAAGUCGCAGGACCUCUGCAGUGUUUGCAACCCUGCAGCAGAUACGCAGAGGCCUCACUUCCCUUCCUUGUUGGCUUGCCUCAUGGACUAGAAACAACUUGAUUUCUCAUGGGGACUCCGUCACUUUCUUUAGGAAUGACUCUGCUGAGACUAACCAUGCAGUACGUUUUCUGAUGUGCCACAGUGAACAAGCACAUUUGUUUGAAAACAAGAUCUUUGUUCCCCGAAAUAACCUUCAUUGUAAAGAGAGAGGCACACGUUCCACAGUGAUUUCUGCAUUCUACAUGCCUUUAUCACUCCACAGAGUGUCAAUUUACUGUUUUAAAUGCCUAAACAGAUCAAAGAAAAAUGUGGAUAUGACUUGCUUUUGUGAAAGAAGACUUUUGAAAUCAGAGCCACAGUUUGAGUUGGUCUCUCUGGGAAGAUCUUCUUUGUUGAAACUUAGCCGCCUUGAGCCUAUUUUAGCCUCAUGGACUCUGGGCUAAAACUCAUCUUAAACCUUUAGUUCUAUAAAUCACUUAGGUACUUCAGCGUUGUUUGUUCCAGUGGUCGUGAGGGGUUUUGUUUUUGUUUGUUUUUCCUUCGGAUCUCUAGCUUAGGCCAAAUUCAGUGUAGGAAAAAAGAAGUCUGGACUAUUCUGUAUUAUAAUAGCACAUUCCUCCUGAGUGAAUAGUGGCCUUCCCAUGAACCCCUAUCUCUAGAUUGAUUUGCUCGGCCUCAGUCUGUACAGCCCUGGUAAGCACAUAGAGAUGGGUUUUCACUCCAUCUUGCGACUGCACAGCGCCAAUUUCCACCCGUGUAUAGGAUCUGCAAGGAGCAAGUGAGCUGAUGAGCCCCCUUUCAACAAAGGUCAAACACAUGAAAGCUAUUUGCACACCUGUGUCGUAUUCUUUCUAUACAUUACAUGCUAUAGGACCAGCAACUUCCAUUAAAGUAACGCUCAUUUUAAGCCAAGUUAUCAUAUUUCUCUGCUGAUAAAAUGGUAGGAGGUGUCUGCUAGGGCUAAAAAUGACCACAUUGGGCCUCAACUAAUAGGAUAUUGUGGCAAAAGAUGUUUCUCACCUAGAAAAGUAAAUGUAGAUAAAUCUAAACUCCAUUCUGUACUGAACCUUAGGCUAGGGACUAAUGUGUGGAUCACUUGUCUCCCCAAAUGUCUUGUGACUGACAGGCCUCCCUAGUCAGGCAGUUCUGUGUUUGGAUGUUGCUUUGAGAGUUAGAAAAACCCCAAGGUCAUGACCAGACUUGCAGCAGGCAACACAUGUCAUCAUGUUUCUAGGUUAACCCCUUCAAGGUGGCCAUUGCAAUCACUGAGCAGAUGCUGCUGAUCUCAUGAGUAGGAAGGGGGGAAGUAAGUUUCUUGGGCCAUUGGAACCCACAAAAUAGUGUGAAAGGGUCCUUCCAAAAGUGAGCUCAAAAUGCACGUGCAGGUGUCACUUCUACACCCUAGGCAGGAUGACCCAUCCCAACCUUUGCAGAAGGACGUGUGAUCAGUGUGAACCAUGGAAAAGCCUUGCUCAUCUGAGAUAUUUUUCUUACACCAAGUGGCUCUGUCCUUCAGGGAACACUCCAACUGUUUCAGAAGAUCAUUUCCUGAGCAGAUUAUGGCCAGCCGCCAUGCCACCCCAGCUAACAGCUACCGCUGCAGCUCCAGCAGCCUCGGAAAAUUCCUACUGGCAUAGGAACAUACCCCAGGAAGGCCUUUAGCUCCUGGAUCCCUAUUUCCCCACCCUCCUGGGCCCCCUGUUCCUCCCACACACACCAGUCGGGUCCUCAGUCUGAAGCCAGAACGAUACCUGAAUGGCUGCCAAUUUCAUUAUCUAGCCCAGUAUCUCUUCCUCACAGAUGAGAAUAAAUUGAAAUACAGGUUUCAGAGUAAACUGAAAUUCCAAGUUGAUUCAUUUUUCAGCUUCCCCUGGCAUGAGAAACCUCUUGGGUGGUUGUUGUGAGGUUUGCUGAAGUCAAGAUAACCAGGGCUGUUUGCACACAGAAAAACACAAAGUUCUCUUCUUCAUUUAGCAAUGUUUCUGGGCUGAAAGAUGUCCCCCUCCCUCUCUGCGCUUACCCAGGAUGUUAAUUGAUUGUGUCAUCAUUUUAAAACUUACAUUGUUAAUUACUGCUUUGUGUCUUCCCAACCCUGUCACAGCCUGGAGUUUUUAUUCAAUUAAAUCUCUGUCUCU